AUGAAGUCGGUGAUUUCAUCGUCUACGAGGCUUCUGGUCCUGAUGGCCGUGAUCUGCCGUUUACCAAAAAACGGAGGUGCAGCUUGCUAUUUGGCCUAUGAAUUCACCUGUGACAAUGACCUCUGUGUGGCCGAGAGCUCACAGUGUGACGGCGUUGAUGACUGCGGUGACAACAGUGACGAAGAGAACUGCAGUACUACUGGGUUUCCU